AUGUCGCGUUUCAGCAGCGCUCUACAACUAACAGAUCUUGACGACUUCAUUACUCCUUCUCAGGAGUGCAUCAAGCCAGUGAAAAUCGAAACGAGCAAGAGCCGGACGGGAGCUAAGAUAACAAUCCAAGAUGAUGGCUCCUACGUGCAGGAAUCGUCGAGCGGCGUUCAAAAGCUCGAGAAGGUGGAAAUCACACUUGCGGACUGUUUGGCUUGUUCGGGAUGCAUCACUUCAGCGGAAGGUGUGCUGAUUUCCCAGCAAAGUCAAGAGGAGCUUCUCCGUGUGAUGAAUGCCAAUAACAUGGCCAAGUUGAAUCAGCAACAGGAUGAGAUCAAAUUUGUAGUCUUUACCAUAUCCCAACAACCGAUUUUGUCGUUGGCACGGAAGUAUAAUCUCGCCCCGGAAGACACGUUCGAGCAUAUCGCCGGUUAUUUUAAGAAACUUGGUGCCGACAUGGUCAUAGACACGAAAAUAGCGGAUGACUUAGCGCUUAUCGAAAGUCGGAACGAAUUCAUCGAACGGUACAAUACUACCCGCAAGACGUUGCCCAUGCUCGCAUCGUCCUGCCCGGGCUGGGUGUGCUACGCGGAGAAAACGCAUGGAAGCUACAUUCUGCCUUACAUCGCAACCACACGAUCACCGCAACAGAUCAUGGGAGUGUUGAUUAAGCAGUAUCUGGCAGGCGUGUUGAAUACAACCGGCGAUCGUAUCUAUCAUGUGACGGUAAUGCCUUGCUACGACAAAAAACUCGAAGCAUCCCGGGAGGACUUUUUCAACGAGGUGCAAAACAGUCGCGACGUCGACUGUGUCAUAACGUCUAUUGAAAUCGAACAAAUGCUAACCAGCCUGGGUCUGCAAACGCUUCAGCUUGUGGACAAAUCUCCAAUAGAUUGGCCAUGGCCUACCGCCCGCCCAUCCACCUUCGUCUGGAGCCACGAAUCAUCCGGAUCCGGUGGGUACAGCGAGUACAUCUUCAAGUACGCGGCCAGAAAACUGUUCAACAUCCAGCUGGACGCGGUUGAGUUUAAACCCCUGCGAAAUAAUGACAUGCGCGAAGCGGUGCUAGAGCAGAACGGACAAGUGCUGCUUCGGUUUGCGAUCGCGAAUGGAUUUCGCAACAUUCAGAACAUGGUGCAGAAGCUAAAGCGCGGCAAAAGCACCUACGACUACGUCGAGAUUAUGGCUUGCCCGUCCGGGUGUUUGAACGGUGGAGCGCAAAUUCGUCCGGAAGAAGGUAAAAAUGCACGAGAAUUAACGGCCGAACUGGAGAGCAUGUACCGUGCCCUGCCUCAAUCCAGUCCCGAGAAUGGAAGCGUCGAGCAUCUGUACGCCACCUUCUUCGACAGCGAGGGCGAUAUUAACAAAAGGAAAAGUUUGCUGCAUACAAGCUACCAUCAGAUCGAGAAAAACAACACUGCGCUCAACAUAAAAUGGUAACGGACAUCCGCCGUAUAUGGUAGUGGGAAGACAUGUUAACGAAUA